AUGGUCAACUUGUGGAGCAAUGUCACCGAGCAACCGAUCCCUGUCAUCAAGUCAGGCACAUGCGCCAAUGUUAUUGCCGAUUCGACACGCUCUCUUCAACAAUGCGUACAAGAACAACUCACACACCUUGACAACCGUGCGAGAGCCUUGGCAACUUGUGGCAGCUUUGGGGCAGCCUUGAAAGAUGUUGCUAGGAUACGACAACUGGUUCCUUCUUCGGCAAUGGGAUACUUGUGUGCUGGUCACGUGUAUUCACUUCAAGGACGACAAAAAGCAGCGAUUAAUAUCUAUGAUAAGGGGCUGGCCGCUGUUUCAUCAUCGGAUCCAUCUCAUCAACAACUUGUGGAAGCACGAUCGAUGGCUCAACAACGUGAUAGGAAGAGAAUCGAUUUCAUCAAUGAACUCCCUUUGGACAUCAUUAUGAAUAUUGCACCAUGGAUCUUGUCUACGGAGAGGAUGGCACCAAGUGAAAUCCGAGAAUAUCUUGAUGUGUCACGUGUAUGGCGAGAGAAGCUCUUAUCCUGUGUUCGAGAAUUGCAUGUAUUAAGCACAACCAAUGACAGCCAUCUGGAUGCUGAUGGUCUUCCGGGUCUGAUUGCCACUUAUUGUACAACCCUUACGCUUGAAAGUCGAGUUACUUGUUUACGCGAUUUCAUAUCAGAUGCAAGGUAUCCUUUAUUAAAGGCUUUGAACAUUAACCAGGUCUCUGCUGGUGACAACUAUGAUGAAUACGGUUAUUGUGGCAGUCGUCACUUCCUCGACAUCGUUGCGUCUUUUCGAUAUACAGCGACGUUGACCCGCUUGCGGAUCUUUGCAGGCGAGUCUUACUUCAUUCCCUUUGGCGAUAUUCUCAACAACUGCCCAAGCCUUGUUGAUUUGGAGACUACCUAUAUCAGUGCGAACAUGUCAACUGCACCCGCAAGCUGCCCCAAUUUGAAAUCAUUGUCGUUUAUGCUGAAUAAGUAUCAAGACCUUGAUAUGGAUGAUAUCACCAAACGACUCCCUGGAUUGGAAAGACUUGUAACUUCGCCUUUUCAGUAUGCAAAAGAUUUGGGGAUCAUUCAAGACAAUUGUCCAAAACUCGAAGUCAUCGGGAGCCAUGGGAGUGUUGGUUUCCCCGCAACAAGCAACUAUGAUGAUACGCCUACUACUAUGGUUGGCGUGCGGAUGCUUUAUAUUCAUGACUAUGAAACUCGCUGGUCGGAUCUGCAUCAAGGCGAGAUAGAGCAUGUGGUGGAAUUCAUGCAACAAAACAGCGACACAUUGCAAGACAUCUCCUUUUGCACAACAUUCCCUUACAACGAUGAAGAAUCGGAUGGCCAUUCUGUUGUUGCUGAUAGCAAUGCAUUUACAUUUACCCGGAUGACAAGUUAUAAACAACAAGAAAUAUACGUACCGGAACAUCUUUGCAUCGCCAGAAUGGUUGUACAGAAAUCACCUCAUUUGAAGAGCUUUGAGCUUGUCAGAGGUUUCGAUCAUGACGACCUGGUCUUUGUCAAUGCUGGCGAACUAUUUGAUUACUUGGUUGGCAUUUGCACACUUGAAUCCGCUAUCAUCAAAUUGCCGAACAAGUGUACUUUGAUGUACGAGGGAGGCAUGGAGCGCUUUAUCCAAUACCACAGCAGGAUCGAUACGCAAUUACACACAUUGAUACUUCCACAGUACACACGUCUAUCCAAUGAUGCGUUGGACGCAUUAACAACACUGCCACGACUCAAGACCUUGGGAUUUGAUUUGUCUACGGUGCAAGGUGAAGAUGAUGAAGAUGGUAAAAAGGCUUCACGCUUCAUUCAAAAACUGAGGUUGAGAUGUCCACAAUUACAGCACCUUGAAGUAGUCAGCGACGCUCCAAUACCCGAUAUCGUCUUUGCACAGCUCUCCAAGCUGAACAUCAAGUCGCUUCAUUUGAUCAUGCUAUCUCUCUUUAUGCACAAUGCGCCAACAAGUUUAUUGAACCUAUUGGAAUGCCCACAGUUACAAGAGUUACAUAUUUACCCUCCCUACCGCAUCACAAAGAAUCGAACCAAUACUUGUAUUAGAACGAAGCUAGAAAGUAAAAUACCAAGACUCUCAUGGUAG